CGAAGAUUGAGGUGAUGGCGAGCUUAAACACUUUUUUGCGUGUAUAGAAAAGCAAAUGGUGGAAAUGAAACAAGUUCUUUGCGAGCUAAGAAUUUCAUGUCCCUUGCCAUCAAGUUGUCGAGGAGCUCCUUUUGUGCCUCGGGACACUGACUAGUAGUUGAAGGAUGUACAAAAUGAGGCUGAUGAUCCUGACUCCCACAGACCAUGGCGUCAACUCCCUGGGUGCUGAUUAUGGUCGAAAGCCGCCUGCUUUCUGUCGAACACGAGCGAGCGGAUGUUGAGAGUAUUCAUGUAAUUUGCCUCCUGCCAGUCCAGCUCGCUACUUCCGCCAAGAAGUCGGGUUCCCUCAGUCAACAGCAAGAUGGAAAUGUUCCAGAAGUCUUUCUUCAUGUCGGUCACAAACUCGAGCGGUGGAUGAUAUCCUUUGAAAGCGGAAAAGUACGAACUCUAUGCUUGGAAAGUUUCAAAACAGCGUGGAGUGGUGACCACAAUUUCAGAAAGGAGAUCUUCUAUGAAAGUUCUGUUAGUGAAUUACAAUUGCGUAAGCGAAGUUGCUGCGAGUUCGGAUCUCCUAUGAACAUGACACAUUCGAGGCUCUUUUUUUUGGAAAAGGUGAAGCUACAGCCUGUGUAAGUUCAAUAGGGCGCUGUUGACGAGCUCCUCGAGGCUGCUGGAAUGCUUGUCGCUGACAUUGCUUCCAGGAACGCCUCCAUUUCACCGUCUUCUCUAAAACGUCGCAAGAACCUGGCGUCCUUUGCCAUCAAGCUGUUCAGAAGCUCUACGGUAUAUCGCCGGAUACAAUUCAAGCUCCUAGAAGGUGCUGUGUGGGAUAGAAGCUCUGUGAAUUUUUCGCAAAGCCGUGAUUGUUGCGAUAGCACGCCUUGUUCAAAGUUACGUGUGUCGAGCCAGGGGAUUAUGGCUGCUGCCAAACCGAUGGCUGCCUGCUGUUCCUUGUCCGUGGAUUCCAGCACCAUCUGGAUGAUGGGAGAUAUGGCUGCUCCAAGCUCCAACUUUUCUUCGUCGUUAAGGUCACCGCACAAGCUUCGCAAAAUUGUGGCUGCAUGGACUCCAACUGGCUUGCUUUUGUGCAUGAGGAGCCUCGAGCAAUUGUUGGGACACUUGAAAACGAGCACAAUUAUGGCUUCCCCGGCUCUCAUGGCGAUGCUCAACUGGUCGCUGUUCGGUGCGGUUUCUCUCGCAAAUAUGGCCAUCAAGCUUUGGAUAACUCCUCCAGUCGCACCAAUGCAAUCUCUAAGCUCGUCCUCGGUUGCUAGCAGCUUGAUCACGUCGACUGCCAGUGACCGUCCAGAAUCUCCUCGCACGUUAGCCAAUGUCUUCAAAAGCUCGAGUGAUUGACGGAAUACUUCUUUCGAUGUUUCUUCGUCUUGGAUAAAUUCAACCAGGAUGGAGAUAAGUCCGCUGGUGUGACCGAUUCGCACGCAUGUCCUGUAAUCCACGGCUAGCCUGUUGAGGACUUCUAGCACUUCCUCC